CUCUGCAGCACUUCAGUGAGAGCAUCCAGGAGUACCUGGCGAACCUGGACAAGGCCCCGGACCCCACGGUCAGGAAGGACACCUUCUCCAACGAGAUCUUCAGUGCCUACGAAGUGCUCUUCAACAGUUGGCUGCAGCACCGGGAGGCCAAGCUGAGACUGGCUGUGGUGGAAGCCCUGGGACCCAUGAGUCACCUCAUGCCCGGGGAGAAGCUGGAGGAGCAGCUCCCUAAACUCAUCCCCGGCAUCCUCGCGCUCUACAAGAAGCACACGGAAGCCUUCUACAUAUCCAAGAGCCUCUGCCAGAUUCUGGAAGCUUCCGUCAACAUGGGCAGCCGCAGCCUGGACGUGCAGCUCGACUCGCUCCUGGGCACUCUGCACCCCCAG